GGAUGCUGGAGCUACAUUGCCUCCACCCACUCCAUACCUGCUAGCCCUAGUUCUGUUGCUAAGAGCUUCAAAGACAGAGAAUAAGCAGCUGGAACCCCAGGGCAGCCUCUUUCAGGAAGCCAGGCACUAGCCCCCACGUUCUCAAGCCACUACAGUCAGAGAAGCACUGAAUAGUCUGCAGGCUUAGGACCAAGCCACAGAACCAUGAGCCAGGACAGCAAAGUGAAGACAACAGAGUCCAGCCCCCCAGCCCCAUCCAAAGCCAGAAAGGGGCUGCCUGUCCUAGACCCAUCUGGGGAUUAUUACUACUGGUGGCUGAACACGAUGGUCUUCCCAGUCAUGUAUAACCUCAUCAUCGUUGUAUGCAGAGCCUGCUUUCCUGACUUGCAGCAUAGUUACCUGGUGGUCUGGUUUGUGCUGGACUACACGAGUGAUCUGCUGUACCUACUAGACAUCGGGGUGCACUUCCACACAGGAUUCCUAGAACAGGGCAUCCUAGUGGUGGACAAAGGCAUGAUCGCCAGUCGCUAUGUACGUACCUGGAGCUUCCUGUUGGACCUGGCUUCUCUGGUUCCCACAGAUGCAGCAUAUGUGCGGCUGGGCCCCCACAUUCCCAUGCUCAGGCUAAACCGCUUUCUCCGGGUGCCCCGCCUUUUUGAGGCCUUUGACCGCACAGAGACCCGCACAGCUUAUCCAAAUGCCUUCCGUAUCGCCAAGCUGAUGCUCUACAUCUUUGUUGUCAUUCACUGGAACAGCUGCUUAUACUUUGCCCUGUCUAGAUACCUGGGCUUCGGACGGGAUGCAUGGGUAUACCCAGAUCCCGCACAGCCUGGCUUUGAGCGCUUACGGCGCCAGUAUCUCUACAGCUUCUAUUUCUCCACUCUGAUCCUGACCACGGUGGGUGACACGCCACUGCCAGCCCGGGAGGAAGAGUACCUCUUCAUGGUGGGUGACUUCCUGCUGGCUGUCAUGGGUUUUGCCACCAUCAUGGGUAGCAUGAGCUCUGUCAUUUACAACAUGAACACUGCAGAUGCAGCCUUCUACCCAGACCACGCUCUGGUAAAGAAGUACAUGAAGCUGCAGCAUGUCAACCGGAGGUUGGAGCGGAGAGUUAUUGACUGGUACCAGCAUCUGCAGAUCAACAAGAAGAUGACCAAUGAGGUAGCCAUCUUGCAGCACUUGCCUGAGCGGCUGCGGGCAGAGGUUGCUGUGUCCGUGCACCUGUCCACCCUGAGCCGAGUCCAGAUCUUCCAGAACUGUGAAGCCAGUCUGCUAGAAGAGCUGGUGCUGAAACUACAGCCCCAGACCUAUUCACCAGGAGAAUAUGUAUGCCGCAAAGGGGACAUUGGCCGCGAGAUGUACAUCAUCCGUGAGGGCCAGCUGGCUGUGGUGGCAGACGACGGGGUCACACAGUAUGCUGUGCUUGGUGCAGGGCUCUACUUUGGGGAGAUCAGUAUCAUCAACAUCAAAGGGAACAUGUCGGGAAACCGACGAACAGCCAACAUCAAGAGCCUAGGUUAUUCCGACCUGUUCUGCCUCAGCAAGGAGGAUCUGCGGGAGGUGCUGAGUGAGUAUCCACAGGCCCAGGCCGUCAUGGAGGAGAAGGGCCGUGAGAUCCUGCUGAAAAUGAAUAAAUUGGAUGUGAAUGCUGAGGCGGCUGAGAUCGCCCUCCAGGAGGCCACAGAGUCUCGGCUAAAAGGCCUGGACCAGCAACUGGAUGAUCUACAGACAAAGUUUGCCCGCCUACUAGCUGAGCUAGAGUCCAGUGCACUGAAGAUCGCUUACCGCAUAGAAAGGCUGGAGUGGCAGACUAGAGAGUGGCCAAUGCCAGAGGACAUGGCUGAAGCUGAUGAUGAGGCUGAGCCUGGGGAAGGAACUUCCAAGGAUGGAGAGGGAAAGGCUGUCCAGGAGGGACCCUCAGCCAUAUAAUGACCUCAUCCUGACCCCGGGACUCCCAGC